AUGUCCCUUGCCGACAUUGCCGGCAGGAAUUUCACCUCCCCUGAUCGCUCCGGUGACCAAUUCGCGGUGCGUACUGUAGUCGCGUGCCUCAUCGGCAUUGCCUGGUACAAUGCCUUGGAAUUGAUCGUUCUGUGUUUCACCACCUUCAAGAGAUAUGGCGGGUGCUAUUUUUGGUGUCUCCUCAUUGCCUCCUUCAGUAUAAUUCCGUUUGGUAUGGGAUAUAUCCUCAUCAUCUUCAAUGUAUACGACAACAUGUUUCCCGUGGCGAUGGAGCUAGUUGCGUGGGUUGGGAUGGUAACGGGCCAGUCCCUAGUCCUCUGGUCUCGAUUGCAUCUUGUCUGCCACAGCCGAACCGUGCUCCGCGUCACUCUCGCCAUGAUCAUUGUUGACGCGAUCAUUCUCCACAUCCCCGGGGCCGUCCUUGAGCUCGGUAGCCAUUCGAACAAAUCCUCUCUCUUCACCGACGGGUUCAACAUCUUCGAGCGCAUCCAAUUGGUCGGAUUCUCCAUACAAGAAAUCAUUCUCUCCAUUAUCUACUCCUGGGAAGCUGUGCGACUACUGAAUCUCCGCCCGAGAGGCCAUUACCGAGGUACCCUGGUCCAACUCUUGAUCGUGAAUGUAGUCAUGAUUAUGAUGGACGCCGCCGUUAUCGGAGUACAAUACUCUGGUCUCUUCGAUAUCCAUGUCACCCUCAAGGCAAUGGUCUACAGCGUCAAGCUCAAGCUGGAAUAUGCGAUCCUGGGCAAAUUGGUGCACAUCACCGAGGGGGGGCAGCAGCUCGACCCCGACCGACCUGUCGGAUUUCGUGGAUCUUUCCUUACAUAA